CUUCCAUCCACACGCGGGGUAGGAGACGGUUGUUGGGGGUGUUUGAGUCACGUGGGAGGGCUUGUUUCCGAAAGACGUCCACAGACACGAGGGUGACCGCCGGAGGACAUGGAUCUCAGAACACUUGCUCCCGUCUUCUUCUUCGUUGUUUGCAUCGGAAACGUCCAGAGUAGCGGAUACUCUUCCUCUAGGAGAAAUACCUACAGCGGGUCGAUUCCAGCCGGUUUCAGGGUGCGUUAUGUCGCACGGGGCACUGCCGGACAGAACCCAUCCACUAGUCAACAACGGCAUAGUGGAGGCAAGGAUAGACAGGCAUGGCAACUGAGAGGACCCAACGUCUGUUCCCCCAAUAGAUGUUGCCCUGGAUGGAAGAUCAACACAUCGACUCGUACAUGCACAACACCAAGAUGUGCGUUCAAGUGUUUACAUGGAGGGAUCUGUGUGCGUCCCAACCGCUGCAGCUGCCAGAGCGGGUACCGAGGAGUGGCGUGCCACAUCGCGCCUCGGUCCUACGGCAAGUCGACGGGCAGAACAGGUUCAUCACCCGACGGGCAGAGACCGACAGGUACGGCGGAGGACCGAACCCUUGGGCCGGUCCAACCAAAGAGGCGAGGCGACGGGUUCGAAGCACAGGCGUACACUUCAACGGGAGGUCGGCAGCUGUACUCUGUCGGUCGCCAGAGACAAACUGUCUCUUUAGGAUCGAAUGGCCAAAUAACCCACUUACAAGAAGGCCAAGGGCGUCAACGGAUCACCCUGACACCGGGUCAGUCAGUGUCGUUUGUCGGGGGAGAAAGUCACCGAGUCGUCAGUGCGACAGCCGGGCAGUCUGUACCUUUGCGUCCGGGACAAAAAGUCACGAUUGUCGGUCUGACUAACAGGCAGGGUUUGUCUGGCAGUGGGGCGAGGUCCGGUACGCGGGAGAACGAGGACCAGCGAAGUGGAGUCAGAGUAUCGCAGAUAGUGGGAACAGGUGGCAGGCAGCAAACAGUGACCCUCCCGGACGGACGGACGGUGUCGCUGGCCGGGUUCAGGGUGUCGUCACCAGGAGGCGUGGCGCUUCCCAUGGCAGCACAAGUCGGGGGCUCCGGCCUUCUCGGCAAACAGUCCACGGACCCCCUGGCUGGAGAGGGGUCCUUGUCCGGAGUGACCGUGGUGGGACAGCAGAACGUACGCGGGAUGUGUUACGGAGACAUCAAGGGUCGGCAGUGCGUGGACCCUCUCGGGGGCAAGGCCAGGGUGACGCAGGCGGAAUGCUGCAAGACCUUCGGCAAAGGCUGGGGAGACUCCUGCUUCAUGUGCCCACAUAUGUUAGGACAAGUUGACGGUUGUCCAGCAGGACACCAGAGGAACCAGACAACAGGGGGCUGCGCUGAUAUUGACGAAUGCAAGGCGUUCCCGGGUUUAUGUGAGAACGGACGGUGUACCAACAACCCAGGAAGCUUCCACUGCAGCUGCCGUGUGGGCUACAUGUUGGACGCCACUGGCACCAGAUGUAUCGCGGAGUCACGGGGACGUUGUUACAAAGAGAUGACGGACAGAGGGGAGUGUGGUGUAGAUCUGACAGGACUCUCCAUCACCAAACACGUGUGCUGCUGCACCAUCGGGGAAAGCUGGGGACCUCAGUGCGAGAGGUGCCCCGAUCCCAACUCACAGAACUUCAAAUGGCUGUGCCCUGGAGGCCUGGGCUUUCAGAGGAGGACAGCAUACAUCGGAGGUGGUGGGCGGACAGACGAACAGACCAGGACAGAUCAAGUGGUGGACUUUGACGAGUGUUCUACCAUGGUGAACAUCUGCCAGUAUGGACGAUGUUUCAACACCAUCGGGUCCUACUACUGCCUCUGCAACCCUGGCUACCGGCUGGAGGGUUCAAGGACGAAAUGCGUAGCGAUCCCAACGCGGACGAACUGUGACACUACAAUCGGCCUUUGUCCUAACGGGAGAUGUAUCAACUUCCGCGACUCCUAUGUCUGCAACUGUGACUCCGGCUAUCAGUAUGAUCCUCGGGAAAAGACUUGUAUCGAACGUCCCCGCAGUAUCUGCGAAACGAUGCUGAACCUGUGCCCGAACGGGAGAUGCCGACCCAGUGGGAACAGCUACACGUGCGUGUGCAACCCAGGGUACAAACUGGACCAAGUCAGGAAAACAUGUGUUGCGGAGCGCACCGUGAGUGUGUGUGAGAGCAGGCCGGGUGUGUGUAGAAACGGCCGGUGUGUGGACAGCCGCGGCUCGUACCUGUGUAUGUGCAAUCCUGGGUACAGGCAGGACCUGGGCGGGAGGGCGUGCGCAGACAUCAAUGAAUGCAGCUACCGGAACGGCAGGUGCCACCACGGCACCUGCGUCAACACGGAGGGGAGCUUCACCUGCAGAUGCGACGACGGUUACAAGCUGUCUCCGGACCGUAAGAGCUGUAUAGACUUAGACGAGUGCCCAUCUCAGACAACCUGUACCAGCCCCAACCAAUGUCUCAACUUUAUGGGGAGUUACUACUGUAUGUGUUCGGCAGGGUAUAGACACCACGGGGACAACACCAAAGCUUGCAUCGAGGAAGAGAUCAACGAAUGUGCGAUUGAUCCGAGUCUCUGUCAGAAUGGAGAAUGUAUCAAUACACGAGGGUCCUUCGUGUGUAGAUGUGACACCGGCUACAAGACAGACGACACGAUGACUCAGUGCUUGGAUGAAGACGAGUGCCAACUCGACCCUAGUCUCUGUCCCAAUGGCCGUUGCUAUAACAACGAGGGGUCGUAUGUUUGCGCCUGUGACAGAGGCUAUCGCAUAGACGCAUCACGGACGCAGUGUCUUGAUGUAGACGAGUGUGAAGCAAACUCAAAGUUGUGCAGAGAUGGUGAAUGUGUCAACACCCCCGGUGGAUACAGGUGCAGGUGUGACCAGGGAUACAUCCCCAGUCCUGACCAAAGAGCGUGUGUAGAUGUGGAUGAGUGCAGUAUUGGGAACCCAUGUGGACAGUCGGUCUGUCAGAACCUGCCAGGCCACUUCACCUGCGUGUGCACACAGGGCCUGGUGUUUGAUGAGGACACCCAGAGGUGCAUGUCUGCUUGGCUGGCCGAGCAGAGGCAGUCGCGGAAGCAGUGCUUCUCUGAGUUGACGGAUCUAGACUUCGGGUGCGCUGACAACCCCGCAGGGUUCAAUGUCACUAAAGAAGAGUGCUGCUGCAGUCUGGGGGUGGCAUGGGGAGACUCCUGCGAGCUGUUCCCAUGCCCAAGUAGAAAUGCAGCUGACUAUCUGGAGCUCUGUGCAACAUUAAGUGGCUUCCUGAUGAAGCAUGAUCAAAAUAAUGAGAUUUAUAUUGAAGACAUAAAUGAAUGUGAACUGUUCAACAAUCCCUGCAAUAAUGCGAUAUGUAGGAACACCCCAGGCAGCUACGUAUGCAUCUGUCCAGAUGGAUACUUUCUCAACGAGCAAGAACUUACAUGCACUGACAUUAAUGAAUGUGCCCAGUUUCCCUGCGGCUCAGGGACAUGUUUGAACCUUCCCGGCUCCUAUGAGUGCAGUUGUCUCGGCAACCAGAUUCCUGAUCCCACCAAGAAGAGGUGUAUAGAGCGGCCACUGACCUUACCCCUGGAGCCUCCGGCAGCAUCAUACACAGUAUUUGAACCACGUGAUGUUUGUUGGACCAGCGUGAUUGGCCCUAACCUGUUCUGCUCCAACGCCCUGCCGUUCAACAUGACCCGUGCCCAGUGCUGCUGCCGUAGUGAUGUGCAGGCCUGGGGAGUGGACUGUAGGCUCUGCCCCAAGCUUGGUACAGAUGCUUUUAGAGACCUGUGUGAACGAAUUAAGCCAGGAACUUCAGUAGACCAACAUGCUUUCUACAUGGAGAACAUAGGCCCGGUCGCAGGCCAGGUGCCCCUCAUUCCUGGGCAGCAGCCCGGCCUGGACCGCAGACCAGGGUGGCUGGGACCUUACGCCGGGGGCGCACCACCGGGAAGGACACCUCCGGCCCAGCUGCCUCCAGGGAUCCUGGCACCCAGGCAGGGACACCCGAGCGCUGCCUACGUCCCAUCAGAGGCUCAGUCGUUACAACAGGGGUACGCUUCGGAGACGUUAGAUGCUGACUGUAAGAUCGAGGGCGGCUGUGGGUUCGGUCGCUGCCUCAGGGUCGACGGGGGAGGCUACAUCUGUGAUUGCUACUCUGGGUACAAACUGGACAACAAAGGCCUGAAAUGUGUUGACAUGAAUGAGUGUGAGGAGCUGGGAGACCUGUGCAGAAAUGGCACCUGCAUCAACACUGCUGGUUCCUACAUCUGCCACUGUCAUCCUGGUCAUGCACCCAAGCCUGACCAACCCAACUUCUGUGUGAAGCAACAGAACACAGAACCGCCCACACAGGACUCACUGUCCAGAACAGAGGAAUGAUGAUUAGCUGUGCUGUCAUCUAUUAUCGUUAGCUAUGCCGUUGGACAAAAUAUCUUAAGUGUGUUCUCCAAGGUGCCCCCGUUCUAAUUCGUUUAUGAUAAUGAGACAGUUCAAACUGUAAUAAACAGAUGGUGUGGUUUUGUCUCCACAAAAUAACUUUGAUGGCCUCUUUUAUAUAAUGUCAGUAAGUCAUGGCAAAGUUCUAGAUUUUCAUACUGUGAUAAUGAUGACGAUGACAUUGUCUGAACUUUCCCUAGCAUGUAUGGGACUACUUGUUCCAUUAAAGACCAAAGCAAAUGUACUGUAAAGUAGAUUGUUGGUUCCCUCAUUAACAAUUAAAGAUAAAGGACAUUUAACUGUGGGACAUAUGCAACUUAUUGAUUAGAAAUACUUGUAUAUAUUUUUUGUAUUCUGAACGUACAAGCGUAGUUAGCUUGUAGCAGACAUGGGAGCCAGUUUCUAGAUCUUUAAGGAUGAUGUUGUUCUUGUUAAUUAAGAACUUUCAUGUCUUCCAUGUGUUGUCAUACAUGUAAGAAACAGCAAGCAUGUACAGAAAUAGCAGAACAAUUUAUUAUUCUACAAAGGACAAUCCCAUUUUCCUGGGGUUAUCUAUAGAGUCUUACAACUUACUCAUUGAUGACAAAUUUAUAAGCACUUGCAAUAUGUGGACAAUUGGACAUAUAAUUAUCUUAUUGUGUGUCUAAUGAAAACCUAUUAUAAGACAUGCAGUGCUGAGAACACUUAUUAGUCCAUAUUAUUUACCACAGAUCACAAGAGUGCGUAAGCAUUUGUACAAAUUUUAUGAAAAAGACAUGAAAGCAUGAAACACACAAAAAACACUGUACAAAAACAUACAAAUUUUAUAAACAAUGCAUCAAGUAUACUAUGCAAAUCUUAUGGAAAAGGUAUUUUCAAGAAUUCAAACCGGUCAACCGCUGCAUUAGGAGAAGGUAUGUUUCGUUGUGUUUAUUUUUACCUAAAAGCAUCAAACGAGUGUAUACCAUCAAAAACUGUGUUUUCCAUAAGAUUAGGACAUUUCUCAGUGCUUAGUGCAUUUUUCAUAAGAUUCACACAAUUUUACAUAGUGCUUCAUGUAUGUUCUAUAAAAUUCAUGCUUCAUAAAAUUGUUUUGAAUGCUUAGGCACCCCUGUAUCAUGAAGGCACUUAGUAUUACAUCUUCUCACGGAUAUCAACUUUUUUUAAGUAUCAAGUGUAAUGAAAACAAAGGAGUGCUUUGUGACAAUUCUUGAACAUAAGAUAUCAAGACAUUGUAGUUGGUUUCUGAUGAAGAUGUGUGUUGUAAAACAUAAUGUAGACUGGUCUACAACUAUCAGGGCUUUGUUGUGUAUAACCAAGAGUUAAGAGAUACUUUGUAAAGCUGCUCUAGGAAACUUUGGCAAAUUUUAAUAAACUUGGAUUUUGUACAAAGGGAGUGCAAGAAUUCUCUUUCCACAGAAAAGGAAAGGUGAACAAUCGGCAGUACAUUGUGCUCUGAAUAUCUUAGUCCACCUGUACAUACUGUAAAUCUUUAAACGUUUACAGUGAGUUUAUUUUCUCAGUUUUAGGGUGACCUCGCCAUUGCAAAUCAAUGACAUUUGCGGUGUAACAUACGUCAGUACUUUAAAAUCUCCUUUCCCUAUCACCAUAAUCAAACCACUGCAGACGUAUAUGAAUUUACAGUACAAUCUAUGACACCAAUAAGGAUGGGAAUCAUCAUUUUACAAUUAUGUUAGCCUCAAUAUUCAAAUAUUCCAACAACCCUUGAGAAGUUAUCUUAUUACCAUACAUGUUGACCACAUUCUCUUCAAUCACAUUUACAGUUACAGAUACUAGCUAUUUUAUGAUUAAAUUAUAACAUAUACAACAUGAAUGACAAACAAUAUGAACCAGAACUAGGCAUAAAAUAUGAUUUACCAGUAAUAUUGAACAGGAUACAAAAUUCUAUGGACCAUC